AUGCAGACACCGACAAUUCGAUCAGCUGCUUCAGCUCCAACCCGCAAGAGCAAUAGCAGUACGAGCAAUAGCAAUAUGAACAACAGCUCCAAGAACAAGAAGAAGAAAGCGUCGCAACCAACUAAGAGCAGUAGCGACAAUAAGGAUGCUGCUGCGUCUGUAGGUCCACGGCCUGUGGUCCCACCACCAGUUUCCGGACCUUGGGGCAAUCCAAAAACUAUACCAAGUAGUGCACCUCCUCCAGGCUUUGGUAUUAGUCCAUCUCCAUCUACCUCUUCUGGCUUUAGCGAUACGCACGUGCGACUACUGCGACAUCGUGCACUAUUUGCGUUUCGUUUUUUGGUUGGAAAAGCGGUAGAGCUGCAGCUUGUAGAUUCGAAAGAACGAUUUGCCGGGAUCUUAGACUGCAUUGAUCCGAACGAUUUUUCCAUCGUUUUGAAGGGAACUAAGCGUCUGAGCAGCAGUGCUGAUGCUAAACCAUUUGAAGAUGGAAAAACUGCUAUCUUUCGACGCAAUCAAUUAGCAUAUUUGGUAGCAGAUGGUUCAGUUAAUUACACAGAUGGUGUGUUCACGUCAAGUGCUUCUCCUGAAUCCAGUGGGUUUCGUACAGACACGGAGAUUAGUCGACAAAAAGGAGAGCAUUUGUAUGGACGCAAGCUUGAGACAGCCAGUUCGUGGCUAGAUCCGGCACUAGACACUGGUGCACUCGAGGAUUCGGAGUCUCAUAGUCGACGUAAGAGCUCGGGAAAAGCAGGGUGGAAUCAAUUUGAAGCGAACGAAAAGCUCUUCGGCGUUGUGUCGACGUAUGAUGAGAAUAUUUAUACAACAAAGUUGGACAAAUCCAAGAUCUCGAACGAGCAGUCGCGUGCAGCAGAGAAACUUGCUCAGGAGAUUGAACGCCAGUCAGCUGCUGGAAAUUUUCAUCUUCAAGAGGAGCGUGGACAGACAGCACAAAGUAACAAUCAUGCCAAUGACCUCGACGAAGAAGCUCGGUACAGCUCUGUGGAUCGUAGGGGUGGUCUAACUAAUGAGAAAGUAUAUGUACCUCCGGCAUUACGGAAUACGAAGAGUCAAUCAACUGUUGCCAAGCCGCCGGAAAAGGUUGCGCAUACGGAAGGUAGUGCUGACAAGUCGACGCCGUCGGCCUUAGACGUCCCAGUUACAACAUCACCUGUGGCUGCAGCAGUUCAUAAGCCGCUGUCGUUCAGCGAAGCCGUCACUGGCCGAUCUGCUACUGCAUCCACAUUAAAGAAGAAUAAUCCGGGUGAAAAAAGUGAGCUGACCGCUGUUUCGAAUGAGACGCAGGAGGACGGCAAGAACAAGAAGUCUCUCGAUGAUGUGAAUGAAAGCUCAAACAAGCAAGAAGUACAGCAAAAGACGACCGAAAAUGAGGAUAAAUCUUCUGUAACGACGUCCACAAACACAAAAGAGGCACCGAAUACAGCUCCAAAGAAAGGAUUGAACCCAAAUGCUAAGGAAUUCAGGCUCAACGCGUCAGCCACGCCGUUUACACCCAACUUCGCGGUACCCUCAGCCGUAAAACAGCACGUGUCGUCGCCCUACCGUGGCGGCUCGCCCCAUCAAAUGCCGUACAUGCAUCCAAGUGUGGCUUACUCUCCUCUCGUGCAAGAAGAAUGGAUGUACGAUGGUUUGAAUGGAGAAGAAGGUGGAGAAAUGGGUAUGCCUCCUUAUGGCUACGGGAUACCAAUGGGACCUCAUGGAGUCCCCCUGUUGUACCCCCCAAUGAUACCCCAGCAAAAUAUGCGCAUCAUGAGUGCGCAGACCGGUGGGUAUGGCUAUCAACCGCAUAAUUACAAUCCUCGAGGGUACUUUUCGCCACCAAACAGUAGCUUCUCGCCGUACACAGGUGGUACGCUGGUGUCUCCUCCUCUACCUCCUAGUGAUAAUAAGAUUUUGACCGAAGAUGCUGCUGAUGAUGCUUUAGCGUCUAAUGAACCCACGAUGUCUGAUGUACAUGGUGCUCCGUUAGAACCGUCUUCAGGUCUUAAGAAGUAG